UAUAUUGUAUUAGAAUUUUGUGAACCCCAUGUUUGUUUUUCCUACUGCAAGGCUACCUCUUCAAACUUAAGAUUCCACAGCUGAAUACCACAUCUACUUAGAAUUUCUUUGGUCCACCAUCAUGUUUAGCAUGCUUUCUUACAAAUAUCUGAAUGAAGUAAUCCCCAUGAAGCUAUUUAUUCCUUAAGGGCUUGAACUGUGCAUUUUAUCCAUAACAUACAAUAAAGCGUUUAACACUUAAUAAAAAAUCCAGUAAGUGAACAUCUGGAGCAGUGAUUAAGCUAAAUAAUUAAUAAGUAGCAUUAAUUAUUCUUCAACUUGUUUUCGUUGAAUUCUUCUAGGUAAAACUCAAGUAAUGGGAGAAAUCAAGCUAGCAUUGAAGAAGGAAAUGAAAACAGAUGGUGAACAGCUAAUAGUUGAAAUUCUCCAGUGCAGAAAUAUUACCUACAAAUUUAAGUCUCCGGAUCAUUUACCAGAUUUAUAUGUGAAACUAUAUGUGAUAAACAUCUCUACCCAAAAAAAGGUUAUUAAAAAGAAGACAAGAGUAUGCCGACAUGAUCGAGAGCCUUCUUUUAAUGAAACUUUUAGAUUCAGCCUAAGUCCUGCGGGCCAUUCGCUUCAGAUUUUACUUUUCUCCAAUGGAGGGAAGUUUAUGAAGAAGACGUUGAUUGGAGAAGCAUGUAUCUGGCUUGACAAAGUGGAUCUGAGGAAAAGAAUAGUCAAUUGGCACAAAUUGUUGGUGAGUCCCACUCAAACACACUGAGGACGUUGUCUGCUCAGGGUGAGGAAACAGCUCUGCAGCCUCAGAUCGAGACUGGAGUUGAACACUACUGUGCUGAUCUACAUUUUCCAGGGCAAACAUGAGAUCGCAAGCAAGAAGCAGACAGAUGGCCUUGCUGUGGCACACUGAAAGCAAACUGAUGAAAACAGGCCAGAGACACUGGAUUGCUCAUAGCUGUGAAGAGAAGCUCUGAGAGAAGAUUUGACUUUUUAAGAUAAAUAUCUUUGAUCAGACUGAGUUGGAACUGGAAAAAAAAAAGUGGCACAAAGGUUAUUAAGGCGUUGAAAGGUAGUGUGAAAGCAAUCGCUUAUAUACACGUAAACUUGUUGGGGAAAAAAAAACUGAUGUAAUGAAUCUUGGUUUUCGAAAGAUCAAAACUCCUUGUCUUAUAUUCUCAUGAAACUUCCUGUUUUGGAAUUCUGACAUAAGAUUCAAUUCUGAGUUUUCUACAGGACCAGAAGGUGACUGUGUUUAUGGGGAAAAUUAAGCCAGAGUUGUGAACAAUGGAUUUUUAGAUUACACAGUGCAUGUUCUCCCUGUGUCUAAGUUAGAAAGCUAUACAACAGUAGGUCUAAAUUCUAUGUGACAAAAGCACAUCAGUUUUGGUGUAUUUUAAAAUAGUGAAGAGUGAAGAUACUAGUAGGUUAAAGUGAAAUUGUAUUUAUCUAGAACAAAAACAAAA